AUGAACAUACGGUUCGAGGACGUUGUGCCGUAUUUUAAGACGGAGCCGGGGCUGCCGCAGACUCACCUGGAGGGGAACCGCCUGGUCCUCACCUGCCUGGCCGAGGGGAGCUGGCCCCUGGAGUUCAAGUGGCUGCGCAAUGACAGCGAGAUCGCCGCCUACAGCAGCGAGUACAGGUACGUCAUCCCGGCGCUGCAGCGGCUGGACGCCGGCUUCUACCGCUGCGUGGUGCGGAACCGGCUGGGCGCGCUCCUGCAGAGAAGAUCGGAAGUCCACGUCGCAUAUCUGGGGAACUUCCUGGCUGGAGAGCAGAGGAAGACGGUGCCCGAGGGACAGGCGGCCGUGCUGGACCUGCCGCCCCUCCGCAGCUACCCCAGGCCCCAGGUGACCUGGUUCCGAGAAGGACACAAGAUCGUUCCCAGCGACAGAAUGCACCGCUAGCAACGCCUCUUACAGUCACACCUCUCA